AUGUUUAAUUUCAUCAAAGAAGCCAUGUCGCCAACUACGCGCUCAAAAUCAUCGCAGAAAUCCGAACUAACGGAAACGACAACAACAACAAAACAAAAAGACGACAAUAAUGAACAGGAGGAGCAUUGUGUUAAGGAAUCUUCCUGUUCCAUCCAGCCUACAAUGGUGGCGCUGAAACCAAUUAAAGGUUACAAAAUUACUGACAAUGAAAGGAGUCGCAAAUUCGGUGUUGGAGCCAACUCCUUGGAAAUGUUGAAAACAAAGGCCAAACUUAAAUUUCCUAUAAAAGACUUGCAUAUUUAUCUAGCCUCUGAUGGCUAUGAAGUAACCGAUGAAGACUACUUUUCCACCCUGGAAUCACAGACUCUAUUUAUUGUGGCUGGACCCGAUGCCAUAAUUACGACUGAUUCUGACUUCGAAUUUGAACAGCUAAGGCAACGCUCUCCACUCCUAAAAGUUGCCGAUAUCAUAUACGAUUUCAUGGAACAACAACCAGAAAAAUUCAGUAAAUUAAUUGCCGAAUAUGAGCGGAAAAAAUUACCCCAACAAAAAUAUGAUCAAAAUAAAACUGUAAUGAGUAUUAAAACAGAACACCCAGAAUGGUUUCUGGGGCAGGAAGAAAAAUGCCAUACCAAAGAGGAGGCAUUACAGCGUCGUGCACAAGAUCGGGUGCGUUGCUAUUAUUAUAAAACUAAAGAUGAGCUGACCCGCAAUCGUCUCUAUCAACAAAAUCAAAAAGCCCGACAAAUUAUUGAUUCGGUAUUGGAGAAAUUUCGUUAUCUUCUUAUUGGUUGUGACUAUUUUUCGAUGAUAUUCAAUCGUAAAUGUGAACAUAAACAUGAGAUAAUUAAACAGAAAUUGGAUGAAGAGAAGGAUGAUGAAACCGAUGCCCGGGCAGUUAUACCAAAUAAAAAGUUAAAGCAGGUGAUAAAGGAAUACACAGCACGUCAUGAAAUUCUAGAUCAAUGGUCGGUUUCCCUCUGCACAGAUUUGGGAGAUUUCUAUUGUCAAGGAUCAUAUUCGGAUGCGUCGAAUAAUUGCUCACUACAACACACCAUUAACCCCUAUGCCUCAAGAGAAAAUCUAAUUUUGUUUCAAGUCUGGAAUUUAGACCAUCAAAUAGAAUUGUCGCGUACCAUUUUACCGGCACUCAUUGAAAAUGUACGUCAGCUGAUAAGUACACCAAAACCUCAAUGCAGUAUACACAAAACACCCGCUAUUGAUGUUUCUGUGCUGGAAUAUUUUUUGGAAAUAUUCUCGUUGAAAAAUCUCAAACUUGUCCACAUUGUUUGCCAUGAAAAGUCGCAGCGUCAAAAUAAAUCCAAUGGACGAUUAUUGUGUAAACAGUGUCAUGAAUAUAAAAUUGUCGAAGAACUAAUGCAAGUCGAUUACGAUUAUAAUCCUGAUGAAUGGUAAA